UUACUAAAACCUCUUCACUUUUUUCUUUUUAUUCUGUAUUUUUUCUCUCGUCGGCUUUAUUUUCUUCGCAAUCGCCAGGCCUCUCGAAAGGGUCUUCAGAUCCCUGCAGGCUCUUUUGAUCUCGGAGGAUUUAUUUCGAGAGGCUAAAGAAUUGUGAGAAGAGAAAAAAAAAAAGUAGAAGGAGGAUGUCUAAGGCGGGGACAUUGGAUCUGGCAUCUGGGGUUGGUGGAAAGAUUGACAAGGACCUUGUUCUCUCCGCCGUUGAUAAGUACGAGAAGUAUCAUGUUUGCUUUGGGGGUGAAGAGGAAGAGAGAAAAGCUAACUACACCGACAUGGUCAAUAAGUACUAUGAUCUGGUCACAAGUUUCUAUGAGUAUGGAUGGGGAGAAUCAUUCCAUUUUGCACCCAGGUGGAAAGGCGAGUCUCUUCAGGAGAGCAUUAAGCGGCACGAGCACUUCUUGGCCUUACAGCUUGGUCUAAAACCAGGACAAAAGGUCUUGGAUGUCGGAUGUGGUAUUGGCGGACCAUUAAGAGAAAUUGCACGGUUCAGUAAAACAUCAGUCACAGGUCUCAACAACAAUGAGUACCAGAUAUCUAGGGGAAAGGUGCUAAAUCGUAUUGCUGGAGUGAACCAUACUUGUGACUUUGUUAAGGCUGAUUUCAUGAAGAUGCCAUUCCCUGACAAUAACUUCGAUGCAGUGUAUGCAAUUGAAGCCACCUGCCAUGCCCCGGAUCCAGUCGGAUGCUACAAGGAAAUAUAUAGGGUUCUAAAACCGGGGCAGUGUUUUGCUGCGUACGAGUGGUGCAUGACUGACGCAUAUGACCCUAAUAACAAAGAACACCAGCAGAUAAAGGCUGACAUUGAACUCGGUAACGGGCUCCCUGAUAUUAGGCUGACUCACCAGUGUCUUGAUGCUGUUAAAAAAGCUGGUUUUGAAGUGGUGUGGGAAAAAGAUCUUGCAAAGGACUCACCUGUCCCUUGGUAUCUGCCUAUGGACACAAGUCACUUCUCAAUCAGUAGUUUCCGUUUGACGGCACUUGGACGCUUUUUUACCAGAAACGUGGUGAUGGUUCUAGAAACACUGGGAGUUGCGCCUAAAGGAAGUCAAAGAGUUCAAGCUUUCUUAGAGAAAGCUGCAGAAGGGCUUGUUUUUGGGGCCAAGAAAGAGAUUUUCACGUCAAUGUAUUUCUUCUUAGCCCGGAAGCCCCUUGCCAAGACUGAGUAAUGUGUGAUUUAUUUUAACCGCAUUGCGUGUAAAUUAUCUUAGCAGCAAAAGAGCUCGUUUGAACCUUGUCUUUUGUUCGAAAAAAGCUAGGCGGUGUUGGUUUGUAAGAACUUAUAAGUGAUUUGUUUCUGGAUUUGAUAGGGCUGUUUGAAUUUCUCCAGAGACUUUGCUUUUGCUAUUUUCCAGUACCCAAACAUUUUGGACACUGUUUCCUUGUUGUGUACGCUAAAAGCGUCUCACAAUUCCUAAUAUCUGAAAAGGAUUAUCAUUCUUUUUCUAAAAAUACACUAGUAGAGUACUACACGAUGGUAAAUAAUAA